UAUCGGUAUGUUGAUUUUGUUUUGUAAUGUUUGUAUUUGUUUGUAUAAUAUAAUCCGGCCAGGCCCAGUCUGAUUCGGUUAUAAAAAAGUGCAAAUUUAUUAAUUUAAUUAACAAAUAUUCUAUUCAUACAAAUUUAAAAAGACGUAACAACAUUUUAGGCCCAUAAUAAAUAAGUGCGAUAACACAUCAAGUACAUCAAGCUUCGGUUAAGUCGAAUACAGAUAAUGUAAACAUCGGAAAUAUUUUUUCAACAGUUUAAGGCUUGCGAAAUGUGCGAUAACGACAGCUCUUGCAAAUGCUACAAGCACACAGCGGCCGCUCAGUCUCUGGAAGAAAUGGACUUCGAACGGGGCAUUUGGAGCCCCGCUCAAUACGGGGACCUCGAAAGGGUCUCGGAUGUUUUGAAAAAGGGAAGAGACGUCGACGUCAGGGAUUCCGCUGGAUACACUGCUUUGCACUACGCUUCCAGGAACGGUCAUUUGAGGGUUUGCAAAUUCCUGGUGGAGAAUGGGGCCGAUGUUAAUGCGAGAACUAACGGGGGAGUUACGGCCCUGGCCCGAGCCUGUAGCACCGGGAAAGAAGAUAUUGUGGAUUUCCUCUUAUCCGUGAAUGCUGACCCGUUUAUCCAGGAUUCAGAUGGAAAAACCGCCCUGCACCGAGCAGCACUUAACAAACAUUACCGGAUUUGCCGGCGGCUUUUGAAGGCAGCGCCGAAUUUGUACGAAUUAGCUGACAAUAAGAAUUUCAAAGUGAAUCCCGAUGAUUUUCCGGGGAAUUACAGCUAAUCGAGUUAAAGAAGGGUUGUGUACAUGCUUGUUAUUUUUUUAUAAUUGCUUAAGAUUCUAUUUUUAACGUUAAAUUGUGAAAAUAAAAAUCGGUUAUAAAGUUA